AUGGGUCUCUCCUGUGCCGGGAAUUUCCUCAAAUUUCUCGUCUUCUUCUUUAAUGCCAUUGUCUUUAUCGGAGGUGGUGUUAUUGCUGGUUUUGGUGUUUACCUCUUGGUCGAAACCAAAAAGUCUGGAGGUACGGUGUCUCUGACUCUUCCUGCCUUCAUAACUGCCUUUGGUCUGUUACUUUUUCUUAUCGGCUUCCUGGGAUGCUUCGGUGCUUGCUAUAAUAACACAUGCAUGCUAAAAACGUUUGCAAUCGUUGUUGGUGUUCUACUUGUCGCGGAGAUCAUAUGCGCCAUCAUUCUCCUUGUCUACCGUCACGAUUUCGUUCGCAUCGUUGGAAAAGAGAUAAAAGAAACGAUUGAGACGUAUCAAAACGGUUCUCUUUCAGGUUCUGAUCCUACUUUGCAAGCCUUAUAUGAGCUGCAACUAAAGCUGAAAUGCUGCGGAGGCACUGGUCCAACUGAUUGGACUAAUCCCCCUCCGUCUUGCUGUGGCAAAGAAAGUGGAUCUUGUACAGAUCCCCAUCAAAUUGGCUGCGCUCAGGCCAUGUACAAUGAGAUAAAGGAUUCUGCUCUGGCUUUCGGCAUCAUAAUCAUCGUCAUCGGCCUCAUUCAAGUUGGCGCCAUCAUCUGUGCUGCAUGCCUGGCGAAGAAGGUCAAGGAAUAUGAGAAGGUUUAG